AAAAUCUCAGCCGCUUUAUAUUACCUCUUCAAGAUGAAAAAGAUUCAAGAAAGCCUUCGAUCUCUAGCAGCAAAGCUAAGGUUCGAGAAGAAGAAGAAGGCUGGUUGCGAGAAGCUAGUAGCCACACCAAGCAGGCACUUCCCAGUGUAUGUAAGCGAUCAAGAACUUGCUGAUGGAAAGCUAAAACGUUAUGAUGUUCCAGUUGCAUGCACAUCUUCGAUAAUUUUUCAAGCUUUGCUGCGUCAGUUCGAGGAUAUCCUGCUGGUGGACGAAGGGCCAAUCACAUUAUCUUGCUCAAAACAGAUGUUUGAGUCGGUCCUCAAACUUUCUGUGGAUGGAUUAAGAAUGUCAAAGGCUCAUGAUUCAUGA